AUGAUGGUGCCAGUGGGCUUCUCCUUGAUCCAAGAAGAAAUCAUCGACGUGUUGAGUCGUUCGUGUCAUCAAUGCCGGAGUUCGGUCCAGCCGAGGCCGGCUGAGUCCACCACGGCCUCCACACGUCCCUCGAGGCAGUCCGUCCUGUGGCCCAGGUGCAGCGGCACCGUCCUGGCCCGACAGCUGUGCCACACACGUUCUGACCCGUCCGUCUACAUCUCUGCUGCGUCCGGACCUCACCCUGGGAAGCAGCAGACGGGAGGGCUCGACCCUCCCGGCUCUGAGCCCGGCCAUCAAGUGCCCGGGUGGGGAACCCUUAGGCGCACUGGCUCUGGACAGGCCCGCGUGGGCGCCAGCCUGCGGGGGAGAAGCCACCUGUCUUUGCUUCGCAAGCUCUGA